AUGAGUCCACGGCGGAACAGCGAAGAUAUCGAGAGACUCGAGCGUGGUCUCCGCGAAACACUGAAGGAGCAAGCUCGAAACCUCCAGUCAUCACUGGCCGCACUGGCGGAAAAGAUUGACGAGGUCAAAACCGACCACGACAAGCUCGAAACCGAAAACCGCUUCCUACAGGAUUACAUUGGCGGCUUGACAAGGACCAUGUCAAGAGACAACCUUGGUCGUAGCGCCAGUACCAGCGGCAAGAUGAAAGGCAGACGAUGA